AAAUGGCAGCUACGUAUUGAUGUCGAAGAAGUUAAUUUAUUUUCCAAAAUUCUGGGAAUAUUGUUAUUGAACCUUUGAGACUCAUUAAUAUUAAAUCCUGCAAAAUGCGUUGGCUUAUAGCUAUAAUCGCUAUUGGUGCAGUUGGUGUGUCGGGGCAGUCAUAUGAAGACAAACGGUGUAAGUGUGUGUGUCCGAGUCCGUCAGCCGUCCUCAACAACAACUCUACCAGCAACAACACCACUUCAGACAGGAAACUCUAUAUUGCCAAUGUACACCCUAAUAAAUGCAACUGCGAUGGUGUGAUUCUGCCACAAGUUGGCGACCUCAUCAAGGGUCGGGAGCAGGAGUUCUGUCCCCGCUGUGAGUGCAAGUACGAGAACAGAAACACCACUAUCAUCAAGGUGGUGGUGAUAAUAGUGAUCUGGGUGAUCAUGCUUCUGGUGGUCUACAUGGGCUUCCUUAUAUGUCUGGACCCGCUCAUCAACAAGCGGGCCAAGGCUUCCUACCAGGAACACACAAAUGAAGAUGAUGAAUCAUCAACCGUUGGAGCUUCAGGUCAGCCGAUGGGGGCGCGAGGAAAUGUGCUGAACCGGGUCACUCACCAGCAGGAUAAGUGGAAGCGACAGGUCCGUGAGCAGCGACGCAAUAUCUACGAUAAUCACACCAUGCUCAACUAGUAGACCGACACACGGGGCCCGAGAGACGCCUGGUUCGUCCCGCCCGGCCCUGCCGUGAACGAAACUACUACACAUUAAUGUAUAGUCAACCAAUUGGAACCCUAGGCCACUGUAGAACUAUGUCACAGUGACGUUAUAAACCAAAUUGUAAGAAAUCUCAUACUGCUUGUCAUUUUGACAUGGUUGUAGAGUGGCCU